UGUCCCUUAUCAAAGAAAACAACACGCGAGUUGCCGGAAAAGUUAAUAUAUAAAAUGCAAAGCGGCGCUGGUAGUGAUGAUGAGUGUUCCGUGUUGCCUAACAAUGUCGCAAACGUUGCAUCUCCUCGUCGCCAAGAACCUUGGUUGUGGAAUGGCAGAAGGCAAGUGUCUCCCAUGUUCGGGUGUUUCUGGAAGAACAGCUGCUGUAUAUUCAUGCCCUUCUCUAGGUCAUCACAGAAUUCAUUCACGUGUCAAAAUUAGAGGACUGAAGCGUGGUUUUGUCGGUGCAUCUGUUGUAUGUGAAGCAACAAGGAGGAACCCUGAUUUCUCAAGGUCAAACAGACAGGGAGGGGUCUCCAGAAAUAGGAACAGGAGCAAUGGUGGGAGAGAUAGCUUUGAGAAUUUUGAAGAUGAUAUGUUAUCUUCAAAAAAUGGACCAUUGGUAUCUCUUUCCUCCUCGCCGAAAUUCCAGGCAACUUCAGCCCCUGGCCCUAGAGAGAAAGAGAUUGUUGAACUAUUUAGGAAAGUUCAGGCUCGGCUGCGUGAGAGGGCUGCUAGCAAAGAAGAAAAGAAAGCUGAAGCAUCCCGAGAUCAUGGUAGAGAGAAAAAUACUGUAGAUUCACUUCUCAAGUUACUGAAGAAACAUUCAGCUGAGCAAGGAAAGAGAGACAAUGGAGGUGGUAGAGGAAAAGAUCUGAGUUCAGACCACUUGCAGGAACAUAACCAACAUGAUGGAGCACAAAUCUCUAAAAUUUCUGAUUUGGAUAAUUCUCCAAAGGUUGAGUCCGAAGAAGCCAACAUCUCCUUCACACCUAGGCCUCGGUCAAGUUUCCAAAGAAGGUCUCCUGUUCCUCGUGUGAAGUACCAGCCUGUCUCUGAUAAAGAAGAAGAUUUUAAUGUAGUGCCAGUAGACAGCGGGAAUAAUGAGAAUAACCAGGAUCAAAUAGAUUUGAAACUUGAUGAUGAACCUGAGCUUGAGUCUGACUCUGAAUCCGAUCUUGAUCCAAAGGAUGAGCUGUUCUUCCCAGAUAUAGGGAUUGCUGAAUUGUCAGAGGAUGAUUCUCAUGGUUCUGAACAAAAUGAUAAUGAUGAGAGUGUGGAGGAGCAGGAAGUGGUUCAACAUGAUGAUUUGAGUGCACUGAAGGUCACUGAAUUGAGGGCACUUGCAAAGUCUCGCGGCGUAAAAGGGUUCUCAAAAAUGAAGAAGGGUGAGCUCUUGGAGUUACUUACUGUGAGCUGAUUCUGAUCGAAUGGUACAUGAGAAGAAAAAAGAACACUAGAACAGACAACAUAAUAAAUACUUGUUUUUUAUUUUGUUUUUUCUGUUUUUAGCUUAACUUUCUAUCUAAUGUUUAUUUUUGUUGUUCUUAAGUAGUUUUACUAUGUUCUUAUGUACUAGAGGUUGAGAGUUUCUUGAUCAUUAGACUAAUCACGAUAUCUUUGCCUUGGAGGAUUUUUCAAUUUGGAGUUGUGUUCUCAUGUUGGAUUUGGAUGCUCUGCAGUUAUAAAAUUAUUGCAAAGGAUUGCCUUAAAA